AUGAUCGAGUGGGCGGAUAUAUAUGGCCUCCUCGUUAACAAGGCACACAACGAGCGUGUGAAGCGCACCCGCUACGCUUGGCUGGCCGCGCGCUGCUAUCCAAACGCUCAUCGAGAGCUGCUCCAGGCCAUUGCAGACUACUUCGUCUGGUUCUUCCUCGCUGACGACCUGUUCGUCGACCGCGUGGAGACGGUGACGCUAGACACACUGCUCUGCCUAACGGCUAUGAUCGACGUCCUGGAUUUUGACUGCGCCGGCCCUCAGCCCGUAUACGGCGAGCUCGCGUGGCUGGACGUCUGCCGCCGGCUGCGCGGGCUGCUCAGCGCCGAGGCCUUUGAACGCUUUGCUCAAGGGAUGCGGUUGUGGGCGACGACGGCCGGCCUGCAAAUUCUCAACCACCUGCGCUCCGAGUCUGUGGGUAUACGCCAAUACGAGACCAUCCGGCGCCAUACGAGCGGCAUGAACCCUUGCCUCGCACUAGCAGACGCUGCUAACGGGGGCUCAGCCGAUGCUGAGGAGUUCUAUCGCCCUGACGUACAGACUCUUUAUCGCCACGCUAACAAUAUCGUCUGUUGGAGCAACGACAUUCAAAGCCUAGUCAUAGAGGCCCGCCAACCCGGCCAGUUCCGGAACAUGGUCGUGAUAUACGCCGCCGAGGGCCGGACGUUGCAAGAAGCUAUCGAGUGUACAGCCAAGCGUGUGAAUGAAGAGAUUUCCAAGUUUACCCAGCUCUCUAGCGCCGUCUUGCCCCAUGCAAGUGCCCAGCUAUGUGGCCUUGUCCAAGGGUUUAAGUAUUGGAUACGCGGCUAUCAGGACUGGGUUCAGAAGGACACACUCCGCUAUGCGGCCACAUUCGCCGUCGCUGAUGCUGACGAUCGUGGCAUUCUUUAG